UUUCCCGCGCUGCCAGAAGCUGAGCGGCAAAGCACUGCCCAGGGGUAUUGUGUACGGGCUGGGGCCCGGAGACUGCAGGCCCAGGGGGCAGCUCCACCACAGGAGACAAGACACGCCUCAGACCGGGCAAAUUCCCGGCCUCCUGUGGCCCCAAGCCAGCAGCCGCCGCCCGCCACCUCGUCGCCUUCUCCGUUGCAGCCCCGGCCACCCUGCCGGCCCCGACCUAGCCUGAGCCUGAGCGCGUGGUCCCUGGGCGCUGGGACGCCAGCGAGGUUGGGACGGGACCGAUGUGGCGCAUGCGUGGUGGCACCACCAGGCACGGGAGCUGCGGGGGCAGGGGCAGCGGUGGGACCCGGAACGGGCAGGGCCGACCAGGCCGGGCUCGUGGGGGUGGCAGCGGUGGCAGCUGUGGCGUGGGCUGGUGUGGCCGUGCGGGUGGCGCCCGGCAGCAGUUAGAGGAGCGGUUCGCCGACCUUGCGGCGAGCCACCUGGAGGCCCUUCGAACGCGAGACGAACGGGACCGGCAGAACGCCCGGCUGCGCGAGGAGAACGCCCGGCUGCGGCUUGAAAACCGGCGGCUGAAACGCGAAAACCGAAGCCUCUUCCGUCAGGCCUUGCGGUUCCCGGGCGAGGGCAGCGAUGAAGCGCCCACGACGGAGACGGCGACCCCAGGCUCUGAAGGGGCCUGCACGAACCCCAGGGCGAGUGGCGGCGGCCCCGAUGGCGAACCGGGCAGCCCCAGGGCCCUGAGGGCCCGUCUCGAGAAGCUGGAGGCCUUGUACCGCCGGGCCCUGCUGCAGCUGCACCUGGAACAGCGGGGGCCACGCCCGAGUGGCGACCUGGAGGAGCUGUCUUCGCGUGAACCCGAACCCGGCCUCCGAGCCCGGGACCUGGAGCCCCCGGAGUCCUGGUUAUAGCUGGAGGCCGCAACCGGGGAGGGGCGGGGCCUCACGCGGGCCCCUCCCCCUCGGUUUCCGGCUCCCCCUACCUAGCGCCCUCCCUGGGCCACGCUGGGUCACGGGAACUGGUUUGCAGAGCUCGUCCGCGGGACUCACUCCGGAGGCUGAGAAGGGUGCAGGCCUCUGGAGACACGAGGAGUACAGAACCUCUGCCUCUGGCGCCUGCUGGUGCCCAUGGAGAGAGGCCUGAUGACCGAAAGGCGUGUUUUAAAACAGCAAGAAAUCUGUGUCAGGCAACAUGUCCUAAUGCCUGAACUUUUGUGGGUGUCAUAAGGAACUGUUACAAUUUUUUACUCUAUUUUGGAUCUUUGAGGGGUGAAUAAUGCAUUUUUAGUUGGUUGUGGUUUUUCAUUCUUCCAUCCCCUAAAGCCUACAGCCAUUAUCUUUCCUGUGGCCAAGAUUCUAAGUAUUGUUUUUAUAAAUUGAUAUUUUGGGUUUCUUAUAAAGUACCACCCUUUUUAUUAAAAAGGUAUUAUUUAUAACUUAGGAACUCAGUCUGCCUAUGACUCUAGUCCUUAUACAUCUAAUAAUAUAUUGAUUUGUUUACCCCCUCCCAAGUAAUUUUUGAAAUUCUGCCUAUAAGUGAUCAUUUAAAUUGGUAAAUAAAUCUGGUACAUUAAAAAUGACCUAAAAACAUCCCAUGACUAUUAUUUAAAGUUUGUUAAGUGUUUACAUAUUUCUUUAAGAACUAUUUUACAUAUUUUAAUAUCUAACUUAUCCUUUGCAAACUAACCUUUUUGCCAUAUAAGCAUUUAAAAUAAUCCAAAGAUAGUGUAAACAUUUCAUUAUUUUUAUUACAUUUUAGACUUGAUAUUAGAGUAUCAUAUCUACUAAUUUUGACUGCUUAAGAAUUUUAAAGAAAUUAAGAAUUGUUUGUAUAUCAGAAGCCCUAAAACAAGAUGAUUUAAGUCUCAACUGUGAUUUCAAUGGCAAAAAGUCAUUAAUUUUACACCAAAUGUUCUAAAAUCACUUCAGUGCAAUUUGUAAAUGAAUAACACUUUUUAUUACUAAGUAGUGAAGAGGGUACCAUUGUACCUGAUAAAAAUCAUGGGUGUAAGAGAGUGUUUAAGUGUUGGAAAACACUUCAGUUCAAGAAAAAGAGAAACCAUGAGAAGAGUUUUUAUUAUAACUAGAAAAAAUAAUCAUUGGAGUUUUAUUUGUGGCAUACUCCACAAGUUUCAAAUGUAUAACAUAUAAUAUAAAACAAGUUGCAAAGAAAAAUAGUUUUGUGAGUUUUGUAGUCCUGGGUUUUGAAGACAUUAUGCAUUUUAUUUAAAGGUAGUUGAUAUUUACUGUGUUUUACUGUAUACACCCCUGUUUUUGGCCCAAAUUUUCAAGAAAGAAUUUUUUUGUUUUAAUUUUUUAAUUUAAUUUAUUUAUUUAUUUAUAUAUAAAUAGUUGUUUUUAGCAUUAUAAAGGAAUUUUAGUAUUUACUUUUGAACAUAUAUGGUAAAGAAAUUUUAUGUAACAUAUGGUUACAAAACACAAGAACAGAUACAAGGUACAAGAAAUUUUAUGUACUGUUACAAAUUCGUUAUUAUACCCAUGUAUAAUGACAUCCUUAUUAUUCCCUCAAAAGCUUGGGCAAAAAAGUGCAUUAUACAUGGCAAAAUAUGGGUAUUUGUGAAUGUUAAAGUCUCCCUCAUGACAGAAAAAUGAGAAGAAAGUGAGAAUAGGUAGGUAUGUAGAAAGUAUUUCUAUCUCCUUUAGUUCAUUUUCUAAUUAUGAAAGAAAUUAAAUAUUUUUAGGUGUCAGUAGGAAUUACAGGAAGGGAAAAAGCAUAUCAGCCCUACUGCUACUUAGGGUUUAAAUUAGUUAAUCUCUCAUCAUUAAAAUUAGUAUAACCUACCUGAAAAUGUUACACAAAUUUUAGUGAGCUUAUGUGUAUAAAUUCCUGCAUCAAAGUAAAUGUGCUAUCAGUGAGAAUAACAAUCCAAAAUGUGAAAGUCAUGAAUGAAUAUUUUUGACACCUUCCUUUGCCAUCUGUGUUUUGGUCCUUUAUAACUUUAAAAGUAUUAACAGAGAAAUGUUGACAUUUUUCCACUUCUCUAUUUGCUAAUAUAGUAAACACAUAAGAUAAAGCCCUAUGUAAUGCAAGAAUAAUGUAAUAAAAGUUAAAAAAUAUUGCCAAUUGUAAAAUUGGGAAUAUUCAACAAAAAUUCAAAAUGUUUAGUUUAUAUAGUUUUUAAACACCUUUUGUCUUAAAACCAUGUGCAAUAUAAAUGUGUAAAGUAAUGAGGCAUGCACAAAGGACUACUUUUUAGCUUAAUUCCUGAAAACCGUUAAAAAUUCUUAAUCCAAAAUGCCCCAUAAAAUGGAUUAAGGCUAACUGUAUUUCGACUUUGUUGAAGUUACCUGUUGAUAAUUGAUGAUGUAUCAUGAAAUAACAUAAAAAAUGUUAUAUUAAAGUAUAGACCUGUUUAAAAAAUGGGUAAUAGUGGUUUUAGAAGGGUUCAAUUUGGGACCUUGUUUAAAAUAAACUAAACCUGCAGAUCAUCAUACUUGUUAAAAUAACAUUUGAUUUUCAUAAUUUCAAAUUUGUUCUUGUGUAAUGAAAAGAGGGCUUAUAAGUUGUACAAAUGAGCAACAAAAAUGUGUCAGUGAGAACUGACAUUUUUUUAUCACCAACUUUUUUUGCAUGGCUACUGCUCUCAAAAAUACACUUUUUUUUUUUUAAUGAAAUUAAAAUAUAAAUUAAAGCAAUAUAAAAUGAGUACUUACAUAGGUUAUAGAAUAUUCUCCUUGCUAAAUUUGAACACUACAAAUAUUAAAGAUUACUUGAAAACAAUUUGUUUGUUGUUUAAAUAGUCUUAGAUUUAGGUUUGCCAGUUCAUGAAUAGUGACAGGAUGAAACUAAUACCUAAUUAUUUAAUGAACUGAAUUAUCACUAUAUGUUAAGUAAUUAUUAGCGGCAUGACUUUGAUUCUAGUCCAAAAUACCAUUUUCUGUUUUAUUACAAGGAAGAGGUUUUUACUUAGAAUUUGUCACAAAAUCUUUGUGAAUGAAUGACACAAUUUAAUAUUUCUGUUUAGUGGUUAAUAGAUAAAGUAUAAAUUCUAUUCUACUAUAAACUUUUUCUGAUAUAUAUCUUAUCUAUUUGAUAUAGACAGUAUUUCCACAAUGCAAAUAUGAACAAAAAAACCUAACCUUUAGGUAAUACCCACCUCUGACUUUAUGAGGAUUAAUCAUACUCAAAUUUUAAAUUAUAAAGUUUAUACUCACAUAAGCAUCUUUCAGUGGUCAGAAUUAAACUGCAUUGUGUUUUGUCCAUAGCAGAUUUUGCUUAUUAUAAAAUUCAUAUUCAUAAUCUUAUCAGGGUCAUCUUUGCAUAUUUCAUGAUUAUUAGUAAGGGAGUCCUUUUUUGAACCCAGUUGUCAGACAUCUCUUGUACUUUGAGAUAACAAUAGAGAAAGGACAACAGUGAGUUUGUUCUAUGCUUGAUUCUUACUUGAAUAAUUAGCAUUCUGUUCUAAAAACUGAGUUAUCUAUGGGAGAAACUUGAACAGUCUAUUUCAGCAAUUUUCAACUGGUGUGCUGCAAGAAUUUUUAAAAUGUGCAGUACCUGACUAGUCAGGGGCACUGACCUCUUUUCUCUUAAAUUCUCAAAUAAAAAAAAUGAUAACAGCUAAUACAACAUAGUUGUCUGGUGUAAAUGAAUCAAAAUUAUACCUAUUUAUUUUGUCAGAUUGGCAAAAAAUAUACUUUUUCAAGUGCCAUUGAUUUUUAAUAACUAGUUUAUGUGUGCCAUGAGAUGAAAAAGGUUGAAAGCCACUAAUCUAUAGUAUAUCCCAUACUUAGGACUAAUAAAUGUGUCCCUUGGCCUUUCUUUUUUCCAGAUCUCCUCACUUUAUCUUUUUAAAUAUAUAAUGUAUUUUGUAUUUUAAACUUCAUAGAUCUGCCUUUAAUUAUGAUGAAGACUGUGUUACUAAUAACCUAAAACUAUUAAAAACAAUGAUGAUUUUUAAAAAUCUAGUAAAAUUCCUAAUUCAGGGGCUUCAGGGUGUCAGUAAGCUCUGUUCCACAUGGUCAUUCAGGGUCUCAGAUUCUUUUUAUCAUGUUCUGCUUUGCCCUGUGUCAUUGUUUUGUCUGCAUGGCAAAUAGUUCACUUCCAGAACCAGGUCUCAGCAUUUUGGGAAGGUAGAAAGAGGCCUACCUAGAUCUGAAAAUAAUAUAAAUUUUCCUGGUCACAUUCUUUUGGCAAAACUUCAUCACACAACCCAUUUAACUUCAAAGGUUGCUAAGAAAUGUAGUCAAGUUGUAGUCUUUUGCUGAGCUAUUGUUUUAUUAGUUUGGAAUAAUAGGAGAACUCAUUUUGGUGGACUACCAUCUUAAUGGAGGCAGGCAUUUCCUUAAAUUUUGUAAAGAAUUUAUAAGUCUUGGUACAGCAUUUAAAAAGUUAUAUAAC